AUGGCGUCGACAUCGACGACGCCAAAUCCGAUUGGCCCUCUGGGCGAUGCCGGAAAGACCAGAAGUCUGCGGUCGGUGCUGCGCGUGGUGAUUCUCUUCCUCAUUGCCGCCGCCUCCGUGUCCAGCCGCCUGUUCUCUGUGAUCCGAUUUGAGAGCAUCAUCCACGAAUUCGAUCCUUGGUUUAACUUCCGCGCCACGAAAUACCUUGUCGCCAAUGGCUUCUACAGCUUCUGGGACUGGUUUGAUGACCGCACGUGGCACCCGCUCGGCCGUGUCACGGGUGGCACUCUGUACCCCGGCCUGAUGGUGACCAGCGGUGCCAUCUACCACGCCCUCCGCGCCCUGACCAUCCCCGUCGACAUCCGCAACGUCUGCGUCAUGCUGGCGCCCGCCUUCUCCGGCCUCACCGCCUAUUCGGCCUAUCUGCUGACCAGCGAGAUGACCACGUCGCCCUCCGCCGGUCUCCUUGCCGCCGCCUUCAUGGGAAUCACCCCCGGCUACAUCUCGCGCUCCGUCGCCGGCAGCUACGACAACGAGGCCAUUGCCAUCUUCCUGCUGGUCUUCACCUUCUACCUGUGGAUCAAGGCACUCAAGCUCGGCUCCAUGCUCUGGGGUGCCCUCUGUGCCCUCUUCUACGGAUACAUGGUGGCCUCGUGGGGUGGCUACGCCUUCAUUACCUGUCUGCUGCCGCUGCACGCCUUCGUCCUCAUCUGCAUGGGCCGCUACAGCACGCGCCUGUACGUUGCCUACACCACAUGGUACGCCCUUGGUACCUUGGCGAGCAUGCAGAUUCCCUUUGUCGGCUUCCUGCCCGUCCGCACCAGCGAGCACAUGCCCGCACUCGGCAUUUUCGGCUUCCUGCAGCUCCUGGCGUUCCUCGACUACGUGCGCUCCGUCGUCCCCACCCGCCAGUUCCAGACGUUCCUGCUGCUCUCGGCCUUUAGCGUCUUCUCCAUCGGUCUCCUGGGUCUCGUCAUUGCGACCACGGCCGGCGUCAUUGCACCCUGGAGCGGCCGCUUCUACUCGCUGUGGGACACCGGCUACGCCAAGAUCCACAUCCCCAUCAUUGCGUCCGUCUCCGAGCACCAGCCCACUGCCUGGCCCGCCUUCUUCUUCGACCUCAACUUCCUCAUCUGGCUGUUCCCCGCCGGCGUGUACCUCUGCUUCCAGACCCUGGCGGACGAGCAUGUCUUCAUCGUCGUCUACGCCCUGUUCGGCAGCUACUUUGCCGGUGUCAUGGUCCGUCUGAUGCUGACGCUGACGCCCGUCGUCUGCGUGGCCGCGGCCAUCACUGUGUCCUCGCUGCUCGACGGCUACCUCAACGCCAAGAGCCCCAGCCCGGCCGAUGUGGCUGCUGCCGAGGAGAAUGCCGACAAGAAGCCGUCCAAGGGUGGCCUCAAGUCGAUGAGCCGCCCCGUCGUCGGCGUCUAUUCGUUCCUGUCCAAGUCGUUUGUGACUGGCGCCGUUGUCAUUUACCUGGUCAUGUUUGUGGCCCACUGUACGUGGGUGACGUCCAACGCGUACUCGUCGCCGUCCGUCGUGCUCGCUAGCAAACUGCCCGACGGCAGCCAGCACAUUAUCGACGACUACCGCGAGGCCUACCAGUGGCUGCGCCAGAACACGCCCAAGGACGCCAAGGUGAUGUCUUGGUGGGACUACGGCUACCAGAUUGGCGGCAUGGCGGACCGGCCGACGCUGGUGGACAACAACACGUGGAACAACACACACAUUGCGACGGUGGGCAAGGCCAUGAGCUCGCGCGAGGAAGUUAGCUACCCGAUUAUGAAAGCGCACGAGGUCGAUUACGUGCUGGUUGUCUUUGGCGGUCUCCUGGGUUACUCGGGAGACGAUAUUAACAAGUUCCUGUGGAUGGUCCGCAUUGCUGAGGGCAUCUGGCCGGACGAGGUGAAGGAGCGGGAUUUCUUCACCGCGCGCGGCGAGUACCGGGUCGACGACGAGGCCACCGACACCAUGAAGAACAGCCUGAUGUACAAGAUGUCCUACUACAACUACCAGGCGCUGUUCCCGCCGGGCCAGGCCCAGGACCGCGUCCGUGGCUCGCGCCUGCCCGAGAAGGCCCCGACGCUCAACACCCUCGAGGAGGCCUACACCAGCGAGAACUGGAUCAUCCGGAUCUACAAGGUCAAGGACUACGACAACGUGGGCCGGGACCACGGCGCCGUUGCGUCCUUUGAGCAGGGCCACAAGAAGAAGAGGUCGACCAAGCGCAAGGGAGCCCGCGUCCUGCGCAUCGACUAG